AUGGAGUUUUCAUGUAAAAUUGAGUCAACCGAAACGUUUUUUUUUCAGCUAAUAGCAAAUACGGAGAAGUAUCUUGGAGAGAAGUUGAACAAGAUGAAGGAUUCGGCACCAAAAAAGAACGAUGUAAAAGGCGGUGACGCCUCUCAGAGGCUACCAAAGAAACACGUCUGUCAGAAGUCACACAAUUCUUCUGAACAAUCUGAUAAGAUACUAGUCAACCACAGAUCUGUGAAAGCAAAGUUUUGUAAUCUGCAACGAGACAACAAGAAAUUUUUCUGGAACUCAAACCAAAAAGGGAGACGUUCUCAAGCUUCAUCUUCUCAGCCAACCAAGGAUUUAUCAUGUAAAGCUCCAACGGUCCCAGUGAUAAAAGAUGUUCAAGUGGAAAAAACCAAAGUUACACCUAUUCAUGAUCAGAGAAAAGUUAUUUUCCUUGAAGAGAAUUUAUUCAAGAAAACACCAGAGAAAUUGGAAACAGAAACUGCAGAACCGAUUUCAGUUUCGCAGUUAGAGACUGAGACUACUCAUUCCGAUGUAAGAAUCGAUGAAUUUAUAGCUAUUGCUGUACCAGAUUUUUUGCAGAUGCCGAGUCUUCCAUUGUCGGAAGCAACAAGUCACAAUGUUUCUGUCAACGCGAAUUUUGUCAUCGAAAGUUCUGAAGAAAUUCUCAAUAAUAACCCUUCCAGUGGCAAGCAAGUAGAAGACUUUACAGAGGUGCUCGAAAACCGAGCUCCAACUGAAAAGUUGCCGAGCCCUCCAUUGUCGGAAGCAGCAAGUCAAAAUGUUUCUGUCAAUGCGAAUUUUGUUUUCGAAAGUUUCGAAGGAAUAAAUAAUAAUGCCUUCCCCAGUGAUAGGCAAGUAGAAGACGUUAUACAGGUGCUCGGAAAUCAAGCUUCAACUGAAAAUGUGUGCAUCGAGGAGAAGAUAGAGCUGCAAGCUAUUGGGCAGACCUCAAAUGCUACUGGUGAUAUUGAGCUUUGUACUGAAAGAGCAGUUUUUGCGACCACAUACGUCGCAUCAAAUUCAAAUCGGUACAAAUCCAUUGAAAUGGACCUGUUCAAAGAUAAAAAUGAUAAUCAUGUUCUGAAAACCCCACCAAAAGCAGUGAAGAAACCUGAUAGUUUCAUUAGAACUCCUUCGUCUGGAAAAUCUUCAAUUUACUGUCAAUUAUCGCCGAAAGUUUGUUCUUUUGCUCCCAAACCAGUCAAGGAGAGAGUGCCAAACCAGAAACUAAGUAUCAGUGCAAUGAUAGACGAAAUGAAGAAAAAAAAUGCUACUGAAAAAAUCAACUCCUAUAUGAUGUUCCUGCCGGAAGCUUUCAGCGAUGGCACUUUGACAGAAUCUACUGUUAAAAAUCUCUACGGCAAUUUCGAUGUUGAAGUCGUCAAAUCGCACUACAAUCUGAACGGAGAGCGUUUAGGUUCGGGAACGAUUUCUGUUCCAGGAAAUUGUCACGAAAGAAUUCAAAACUGGGCACCUGACCGGAAAUGGAGAGCCAUCAGAAUGGGAUUACUCAAGCAACGAGAGACGUCUGGAACAAAAGUGAAACUUUAUUUGAAGCUCAGCGGCGAAUGGACUCCAAUCAAGAUUGUGACAUGUCUUCAGGACAGUUAUCACAUUUCGGAUUUUACUCUAAUUUACGAUUUCAACGGCCUAUUUGCGAAAGCUGUAACCGUCUUUAUGGCUUAUGAAAACGCACAACAAUUGCAAAAAUCAUUCGAACUGAGCGAAACGAUGGAGCCCAAUCUUCGUGUAAAGAUACUAGAAAUUCUGGAAACUUCGGACAAAAUACAUGUCCAGCACAAAAAGUUUUGA